AUGGAUCCUCAACAACAACAGCAGGAUCUGUCGAGGUUGCCCCACCCAACGGAGGACAACCUCACCGCCAUCCUUUCAAAUCGGUUCCAGCAAGGCCAGUACUACACCCGGAUCGCCUCCUCGGUGGUUGUCCAGGUCAACCCUUACUUUCCCGGCAGAAUUGAACUCUCCGAGACGAAUCUCCAGGACCAGGUCUUGACCUACAAGGAUGGCGCACGCUUGAACUCUACUAACAACAACAACACAUCAUCACAGAGCAGCGAAGCAGCGACGAGGAUAGCGGCGUCUCCACAGGCGAUUGAGUUGGCCACGAGCGCCUACCUGCAUAUGCGGAGAACUGGUCAGGAUCAGUCCAUUAUCACCAGUGGUCAGAGUGGAAGUGGAAAGACAGAGGGCGCCCGGCAGGUUAUCCGCCAGUUGCUGGCGCUGAGCAGCGCACCCAAGAAGGAGGCCAGGGUCCAGAACCAGAUCACCUCGGCUGGUCUCAUCAUGGAGGCCUUUGGCCACGCCAAGACCAGCCUCAACGACAACGCCUCCCGUCUUGGUCGAUUCACAGAACUCCAGUUCAACGAGCGUGGUCGCCUGGUCGGAGCAAAGAUGCUGGAUUAUUUCCUGGAGAAGAAGAGGAUCAGUCGCUCGGCAUUGACCCCGGACGAGCGCAACUUUCACAUCUUUUACCAACUCUUGGCUGGCGCUACUGUCGAGGAAAAGACUCACCUCCGCUUGAACGAGGGCAUGGCCUUCCACUACCUCUCCCCGGCUUCGCUCAACAGGAACAGGACCCUCUCGGGCAUGGAUGAUGCACUGGAGUUUGGAAAGCUCAAGAACGCACUCAAGGUUCUUGGGUUCCAAAAGAAGCAAGUCGCUCAGAUCUUCCAGCUCUUGGCAGCAGUCUUGCACCUCGGCAACCUCACGUUCGAGGAAGACACCAGUCAUGCCAACGACGCUUGUGUGGUCCGGAAUGUCGACAACUUGAUCUUUGUGGCCGAUAUCCUUGGAGUUGAUCCCAACGCACUCCAGAACACCCUUACCUACAAGACCAAGCUGAUCAAGAAGGAGUUGUGCUCGGUCUUUUUGGAUGUCCAGGGUGCCGAGGCCCAGAGGGACGAAUUGUCCCAGGCGCUUUACUCGCUUCUCUUUUCAUGGAUGGUCGAGUUCUUUAACGUCAAGCUCUGCGACGAGACGCCCGCCAACUUUAUCGGAGUGGUCGACAUGUUUGGAUUCCAGCAGUUCACCGUCAACGGUCUGGAUCAGUUCUGUGUCAACUAUGCCAACGAGCGUCUUCACCAGUUCUUCCUGAACCGUGUCUUUGAGGCUGAUCAGGCUGACUUUGAGCUCGAGGGCAUCUCUGAAUCGAUCCCCAGGAUUAACUUUUUCGACAAUUCGGCCUGCCUUCAGAUGCUUGGACAGGAGAGCAACGACAGCAACGACGAGGAGGGUCUGAUUGGCAUCAUGUCUAGCCAGUCGAGACACUUGAGUCGCAAGACCGAUGCGACUAUGCUCGAGGCCUUCUCAAAGCAGUAUUCGCGCCAUGAUUCCUUGACGGUUACUCGCAACAUGAACGUCUUCCCCUCGUUCACUGUCCAGCAUUACUUGGCUCCUGUGACCUACAGAGUCGAGGGAUGGUUGGAGCAGAACGUCGACAACCUGAGCUCUGACUUUGUGACGCUUUUCCGUGGCGGUCCCGGUGUGUCGCCCAGCAUGAACCCCUUUGUCCAAGGUCUGUUCACCGACAAGGCCUUGACUACCGAAUCCCACCCUCGCAACAACAACACCAUCGUUGCCGCUCAGCAAUCGAUCAAGCCUAAGCGUGCUCCUUCGAUGCGUCGCCCCAAGAAGGUCGACGGUGAUACCAACAAGGAAAAGAGCGAGAUCGCCUCUGCUACACCCACACCCACCGCCGGCAAGGUCGUCUCCAUGGCCGCCCAGAUCCAAUCUGCCACCCAGGAGUUGUGCGAUUCUCUCGAGGAGACCACCCCCUGGUUCUUGGUCUGCUUGAAAUCGAACGAGACCAACAUGCCCAACCACGUCGACGCCAUUACCGUCAAGGCUCAGGUCCGCUCGCUCUGCCUCGCCCAGAUCUCCCAAAGACUUGCGAUCGAGUACACCAUUAGCUGCACACACCAGGAGUUCUUGGACCGCUACACUCCCCUCUUUGUCAACCUACUCGAGGACUGUGCUGCCGCAGCCACUACCAAGACUCGCAUGGAUCUCGUCUAUGCUGACGAGAAGUGGACCGUUCAGGACGCCAACGUGGGCAAGUACCGCGUCUACGUUUCGGAGAGAGCCUGGAGAGAGCUCGAGUACCGUCUCAAGAGCGAAACCGACAAGAAGGGCAAAAAGGACGGAGUGGAGCAGUCUGCCUCGGCAGUCGUCGGUGCCAUGGGUUUUGAGCAGGCUGUCCCCAUGCUCCCCUAUGGCAACGGACUCGAGACACCCAACAGCUUCCGCGGCGAGAUUCUCAACAUGUCGGAGGACGACCAGUCGAUCAACUCCAACACUGCGAUGGCAGCCCCUCUUCUCUUGCAACAGCAGCACUUGCAGCAGCACCAGGAAUUGCUCCAUCACCAGCAAAUGAUGCACCAACAGCAACAGAACCCCUAUUUGCACCACCAGCAACAACAGCACUUUAACGGUCUCCACCCUGCUCAAGCCUCCUUUAUGGUCAACGAGCGUCUCGAGAACCGUUCUUUCUACUCUGGCGACGACAACCAGUCCGAGUACGACCCUUACAUGCGUGGAGUUCUUCCUGGAGGCAAUGGUGCUGGCGGUAACCGUUUCGAGAACGAGUCCGUCUAUGGAGGAUCCGAGAUCUAUCGCCCCAACACAGGCAUGUUCAACGAUGCCGAGAAGCGCGGAAUGAUGAGACACAUGGACGGAUCUUCCCCCGAAGAGGAGCGCGACGAUGCUUUGGGCAAGGGUCAAGAUGUCACCAAGGAGAAGGGAGCCGAGGAUGAGGAUGAGGAGGAGAAGAUUCCCAUCACCAGAGCCCGUCGCAACUGGGUCUUCUUGACCUACUUCCUCACCUGGUGGAUCCCCAGCUUCUGUCUGAACAAGUGUGGAAAGAUGGUCCGACCCGAUAUCCGUAUGGCUUGGCGCGAGAAGGUCGCUCUGUGCAUCCUGAUCGGUUUCCUCUCGUUGAUUAUGGUCUUUUAUAUUGCUGUCCUUGGAGAGCUCAUGUGCCCCCACCAAUACGUCUACUCGAUGGGAGAGCUCUCGACCCACGGUGACAAGUCAGGAUCGCCUUUCACCAUGAUUCGUGGAGAGAUCUUUGACAUGGAAAACUUUAUGACCCAGCACAACCCCAACAUUGUCUCCAGGACCCAGCUUCUCCAGUAUGCCGGUAGAGAUGCCACACCCGCUUUCCCUGUCCAGAUCAGCGCUCUCUGUGAUGGUCUCGAUGGCUACGGUUCAGGAUCAGUCGAUCCCAGGAUUCAGAUGCCCAGCCAGGGCCCUGUCGACACCAACGCUGUCUACCACGACUUCCGAGCUUCCCGUAACGAUUCUCGUCCUGAUUGGUACUAUGAGAAGAUGGUCUUUAUGCGCCAAUGGCGUGUUGGUUUCUUGGCCUACACUCCCAAGGAUAUCAAGAACCAGGCUGCCGAUGACAGCACGAAGACGCGCUGGGCUAUCAUUGAUGGCAACAUCUACGACUUGACUGCGUACAUCCAGGCUGGUAACCAGGGUCAGUUUGCCGCCACGCCUGGUGGCGCUCUUCCUGCAGGAGGCAACGCUGCCUUCAUGGAUCAGUCGGUUGUCCAACUGUUUGCGACCAGCGCCGGAGAAGAUGUCACGACAAUGUUCAACGCCUUGCCUUUGGAGGCCAGCAAGAAGACCGCGAUGAUGAUCUGUCUCCGCAACCUGUUCUUUGUGGGUCGUGUUGAUAUCCGCACAGGAUUCCGAUGCCAGUUUGCCAACUAUAUGUUGUUGGUCCCCUCGAUCUUGAUUGUCUGCACCAUCGGAUUCAAGUUCUUGGCGGCCUUGCAGUUGGGAUCGAGACGCGAGCCCGAGGAGCACGACAAGUUUAUUAUUCUCCAGGUUCCUUGUUAUACCGAGGGCGAGGAAUCGCUUCGCAAGACCCUGGACUCUUUGGCUGCGCUCCGUUACGACGACAAGCGCAAACUGUUGUUCGUCAUUGCGGACGGAAUGAUUAUCGGUUCAGGAAACGAUCGCCCUACGCCCCGUAUUGUCCUCGAUAUCCUUGGAGUGGACCCCAACGUCGACCCCGAACCCCUCUCCUUCUUGAGUUUGGGUGAGGGCCACAAGCAGCACAACAUGGGCAAGGUCUACUCUGGUCUCUACGAGCACAACGGUCACGUCGUCCCCUACAUUGUCGUCGCCAAGGUCGGAACUCCCACCGAGCGCCAGCGUCCCGGAAACCGUGGAAAGCGUGAUUCCCAGAUGAUCUUGAUGCGCUUCCUGAACAAGGUCCAUUUCAACUCGGCAAUGACACCUCUUGAACUGGAGAUGUACCACCAGAUCAAGAACGUUAUCGGAGUCAACCCAUCCUUCUACGAGUACACGCUCAUGGUCGAUUCCGAUACCGAGGUCCUGCCCGACUCGCUCAACCGCAUGGUCUCUGUCUUCUUGCACGAUACCAAGGUUAUGGGUCUCUGUGGUGAGACCCAGAUUGCGAACGAGAAGGACUCCUGGGUGACGAUGAUGCAGGUCUACGAGUACUUUAUCUCCCAUCACUUGGCCAAGGCCUUCGAGUCUCUCUUUGGAUCCGUCACCUGUCUGCCCGGUUGUUUCUGUAUGUACCGUAUCCGCACGCCCACCAAGUCGACCCCACUCUUGAUCUCCAACAGCAUCAUUGACGAAUACUCUGAGAACCGAGUUGAUACUCUCCACAAGAAGAACUUGCUGCAUCUCGGAGAGGACCGAUACCUGACGACACUCAUGUUGAAGCAUUUCCCCAACUACAAGAUGACCUUCACGCCCGAUGCCCAGUGCCGGACCAACGUUCCCGAUCAGUGGAAGGUCUUGUUAUCCCAACGUCGUCGCUGGAUCAACUCUACGGUCCACAACCUGAUGGAGUUGGUCUUCUUGCCCCAGCUCUGCGGAUUCUGCUGUUUCUCGAUGCGGUUCAUUGUCAUGAUUGAUCUCUUUGCCACGCUCAUCAUGCCCGUCACCGUUGUCUAUAUCGGAUACCUCAUCUACACCAUUGCCUCGCACAAUUCUGCUGUCCCCAAGUUGGCCUUGAUCAUGAUGGGAGCUGUCUACGGUCUUCAGGCGGUGAUUUUCAUCCUCAGGAGGAAGUGGGAGCACAUUGGAUGGAUGAUUGUUUACAUCCUGGCCAUCCCAAUGUUCUCGUUCUACCUACCCCUGUACUCGUUCUGGCACUUUGACGACUUCUCGUGGGGUAACACCCGUCUGGUGGUUGGAGAGAAGGGUCGUAAAAAGGCCGUCUCUGCAGAUCAGUUGGAAGGCAAGCCCUUUGACCCCAAGUCGAUUCCUCAAAAGAAAUGGUCCGAUUACGAGCAAGAGCUCUGGGAGGUUGGAUCCACCCAUUCGCUCGAGUCCAAGGCGUCGAGAUACCCCGGCGGUCAGCAGUUCCCCUACGGCAACAACGGCGGCGGCGGCCUCCACAUGAAUUCACAUGGAUCUAGAGCAGGAUCUGUCUACGGUGGCGGUGCGAGUAAUGACCUGGCGGCGAUGAACAUGGGUAUGCCCAUGGCUGUCGGCGGUGGGCCCUUCAUGGGUAUGGCUGCUAGUGCCGGAAACUCUCGUCCCCAGUCGCCCGCCAUGGGCAUGGGCAUGAACCCACCCCAGAUCCCUGGAACCCCUACACGGUCGUACUCACCUGCACCUCAGUAUGCCUACCAGCAACAACAGCAGCAGCAGCAGCAGCCGGUGAUGAGCCAGCAGGGGAUGAGGAGCUCUUGGGGCGCUGGAUCGGUCUCGGGAGGAGGUAUUGCCAGCUCGCCGGGGCACCAGAGGAUGAGCAUUCAGUCUAAUGCGCCGCCAUUGUCGCAGUACCAGAUGCAGUUGUUGCAGCAGCAGCAGCAGCAGCAACAACAACAACAGCAGCAGGGACCACGGUAUUGA